GUUGCAUUUAAUUCGAUAUUUAACCAUUCGUGUUUUUUCCGGAUUUUUAAUCUUUUUUCUUUUUCCCCCUUUAUUUUUUUUUUCUUUUUACAUAUUAUAAACUAAUAUAAAAUAAAGAAAGAGAGAGAGAGAGAAAGAAAAGAAAAAGCGUUAUUACUUAUACAUCUAUUUAUGAACUCAUCGAUAAUCAGCUCAAGCCCAUCCAGUAGUAUUCACAAUAUUUCCACCAACAUUACCACGACCAUGUCGACAAGAAAUUGCUCGAAUAAGCAACAACAACAACAACAACAACAACAACAGCAAAAGAAGGUCAAGUCUUCUUCUUCUUCUCCCUCCUCCUCUACGCGAUGGCUUCAUGGGGGUGGUCAUGAACAAAAGAGUGAUAUCUGGACAAGUACUAAUUAUACCGAAGAAAGACAGCGUAUUCGAGAGUUUUGGUUACACCUCUCUGAAGCAGAACGUCGUUCGCUUGUCAAAGUUGAAAAGGAAGCUGUUUUACGGAAAAUGAAAGAACAGCAACGGCACUCGUGCAACUGCUCUGUUUGUGGCAAAAAGAGAAGUGCCAUUGAAGAGGAAUUGGAAGUGCUGUAUGACGCUUACUACGAAGAAUUGGAACAAUACGCCUACCGUCAACAACAUAAUUAUACCACCGUCAUUCGACGCAAAAGUAAUAAUAUUCGUCCCAAAGACAAUGAAGACGAUGAUAAUCUAUCGACAAAAAGCAAUCAAAGUGAAGAACUCUCAAAUACCCUCACCGUACAAGGAAGUAUCAUCACUGUUGCCGAUGAUCUCCUAAAGAACGACGGCAAAAAGUUUUUAGAUAUGAUGGAAAGACUAGCAGAACGAAAAAUGAGAAAAGAACGAGAGGUCGCAGAGUCUGAUGAUGAUGAUGAUGAAGACGAAGAAGACGACGACGACGAUGAUGAUGAUGAUGAAGAGGAUGAUGAUGAUCAUGAUGAAGAGGAUGAGGAUGAUGAGGAUGAUGAAGAAGACUCCAGAACAGAAGAACAACGUAUGGAAGAAGGGAGAAAGAUGUUUCAAGUGUUCGCUGCACGUAUGUUUGAACAACGAGUACUGACCGCUUAUCGAGAAAAGGUAGCACAAGAUAGACAAAAACGCUUAAUUGAAGAAUUAGAAGAAGAAGAUAGGCAGCGUCAGGAACGUGAAUUAAAAAAACAACAAGACAAGGAAAAAAAGAGAGACAAGAAACGUCAGCUCAAGUUACAACAGGAAAAGGAACGUUUGGAAUUAGAAGAUUUAAAACGACAAGAAGAAUUAGCUGCAAAAGCAGAUCGAGAUCAAAAGUUAAAAAUGGAGCGUCAAAUCAAGGAAACAGAACGAUUGAAGCGUCAACAAGAAAGACGUCAAAAGGAAGAGGAUAGGUUACGGAAAGAGGAAGAAAAAAAGAAACGACGUUUAAAAGAAGAAAAGGCUCGUCUUGCAGAAAAGGAAUCUAAGCGUAAGCAAGACCAGUUAAAAAAGGAUCAACAAGAACGUAAAAAGGCCGUUACUACCGUAGCCGCUGUCGUGACUGCUACCGAAAAUGCUUCUUCUGCAGCCGCUGAUGCUGCCAUGCUUGACCUUGUAGCCGAAAAAGAUGAUACCACACCCAGCGCUAUUAGUCCUUCUAUACCAACGUUAUCCCCCACUGACCAAGUAGACCCCCCUCAUCACCAUGUCUUGACAGACCAUAAGACAGCCAUUGCACCCAUUGGCCAACGUCGUACCUCUUUAGCAGGCCCCAUCGGAAGUCCUGUUCGAUCAAGGUCGUUACACCAGAAUAAUAUGCAAUAUGUCGUUAACGAUUCAGAAACUCAGCAUUCGUUCUUUUCCAACUUUUUAUUUGGACAGGCACCUGUUCGAGAGGAAUCAUUUAACACGGGUAGACGCGUAUCCAAUGACGGCAAUAUGCGAUGGUCAAAUGGAUGGACUCCAUUAACGGCACUCUCCGACAAUGUGCAUGGUAAAUUAUUCGGCGACGUCCUUGCCAGCGAUCGAAAUUCCUUGAUUUUAGAAAGAAGCCGAAUCAGUUAUUUGAAAUUAGAUGAAUUAGCGCAAGCCAAAUUCUUCAUCAUCCCACCUUUUCAUACACUGGAUCAGUUACAUCGCAUGUUGCAUGAUUUAUUUUACGACAUGUUAAUUGAUGUGCGAGAAUUAUAUCAGGUUCUUAAUCAAUUUCCUGCCAGUGGAUUAAAAUGUUAUUAUAAUCAACAUCAACAGUGUUAUAUUGUACAGUAUCAUCCUCUUGUUCCCAUGCGUUCUACCUCCUCUUUAUUACCUUCUAAUAAUAUGAUGAUGGUAUCCCCUCCCCCACUACAACCGCAGCAUUCUCAAUUACCCGCAUACCAUCAUAAUAUAUAAAAAACCAAAAAAUAAAAAUUAUAAACAUGUCACAAACGUAAGUGGGCAAAAAAAAAGAAAAAAAAAAAAAGUUUAUUUUUUUUUUUUAUUGGUUCCAAUACUGGUUUGUAUUUCCAGUACGAUACUGUUG